GAGCUCCCUAGCCUGCCCCGAGAGAGAAGUGCUCCUAAGGAAACAGAGUAGGGGGUCUCCCUAGGCAAUAAGCUUAGGAAGGGACUACCAAGUCUGCAAGGAGCUGUGCCCUGCCUGGAACUGAGCUGCAGUUGGCAGGAAGGCCCUGACUCUAGGUUGCUCGGCGUGUGAACGAGAAGAACGGUUAUUUCAAAAACUUUUCUCCCAUUACAACCACUUCAUCAGACCGGUGGAAAAUGUAUCUGAUCCUGUGACAGUACAUUUUGAAGUGGCAAUUACACAGCUUGCAAAUGUGGAUGAAGUCAAUCAGAUUAUGGAAACCAACCUGUGGCUGCGGCAUAUUUGGAAUGACUAUAAAUUGCGAUGGGAUCCAAUGGAAUAUGGUGGAAUUGAAUUUGUCCGGGUGCCAGCGGAUAAAAUUUGGAAACCUGAUAUCGUCUUGUAUAACAAUGCUGUUGGGGAUUUUCAAGUCGAAAGCAAGACCAAAGCUCUUCUUAAAUAUGAUGGGGUGAUCACUUGGACUCCACCUGCUAUUUUUAAAAGCUCCUGUCCUAUGGAUAUCACAUUUUUCCCCUUUGAUCACCAGAAUUGUUCACUGAAGUUUGGCUCUUGGACAUAUGAUAAAGCCAAAAUUGACCUCCUGAUUAUUGGAUCCAAAGUGGAUAUGAAUGAUCUUUGGGAAAACAGUGAAUGGGAAAUAGUUGAUGCUUCUGGCUAUAAACACGAUAUAAAAUAUAAUUGUUGUGAAGAGAUCUAUACAGAUAUAACAUACUCCUUUUAUAUACGAAGGCUACCCAUGUUUUACACCAUUAAUCUGAUCAUUCCCUGUCUCUUCAUUUCAUUCCUAACUCUGUUAGUCUUUUACCUUCCAUCUGACUGUGGGGAGAAGGUUACCCUCUGCAUCUCAGUACUACUUUCUCUGACUGUAUUCUUGUUGGUGAUCACAGAGAUAAUCCCAUCAACCUCUCUUGUAAUUCCACUGGUUGGCGAAUACCUGCUCUUCACUAUGAUAUUUGUGACCCUAUCAAUUGUCAUCACAGUGUUUGUGCUGAACAUCCAUUACAGGACUCCAACCACACAUAACAUGCCCAAUUGGGUAAAAGGCGUCUUUCUCAAGCUUCUCCCCAAAGUCCUGAUGAUGACGAGACCUCUAGACCAACAGAAGGAAGCCAGCUCUAAAAAGAGUAAAAAAUGGCUUGCCACUAAAUCUGGCAAAAUUAAGCAAUAUGGAGAUGUUAAAUUAUACAAGGAGCAGAGAUGCUACCACUGUGACAAGGUGAACGAACUUGCUACCGACAAAAGAAGAUUGAGCCCUCAGCCAAUUGAAUGGGGGACGGAGCACGUCGAGUACUCUGCUGAAGUCAGCGAGGUAAUCAGCAGUGUUCAGUUCAUCGCUGAAAAUAUGAGGAGACAAAAUGAAACUAAAGAGGUGGAGGAUGACUGGAAAUACGUGGCUAUGGUGAUAGACAGGAUGUUCCUUUGGGUAUUCAUCGUUCUCUGUGUGUUUGGAACAGGAGGGUUAUUUCUGCAGCCACUGAUAGCAGACACAUAAUGCUGGCUGGCUUUUGUUUAGUCCGAUUCCAUACUUUUUUGAAGAUUCAGACAUCUCCUCCACUUUCUGUUGUUACACUCGGCUCAUCCUCCAAGGGUCUGCAAAGCACUGCUGUUAAGAUGAUGUUCCCUCUGGCUAAGAGAUCAGGGUGUGGCUUCCUCUUGCAACAGUCAAAGGGCGAGAGAAGGCAUUUCAUCCUGCAUUCAGUUUCAGACUGUAGCAUAUCACCGUCGAAUGCCACUGACUGACUUCAAGGGUUGUCUGCCGGCUCUCCACCGGGCUGAUGACACCAUAAAAUGACUGGGCAUGUUGCACAUACACUGAUGAUCCCUUUGGGGAUGUCUGUGGCAACACCUGCUCCCCUAGGAGGAGAUUUUCAAAAUCCAUCGGCCUAACUUUGCUCCAACAGAAGCAGAGCUAGGCUAGUGGGAAUUUUACCAUUGCCUCAAUUGAACUCAGAGUUAGGCCAGCGCUGGACCCCUGGAAAAUCCCCUGCCUAAAUGUAUUCUAGAUCUCUUGCUUCUGCCAACAAGCACACCCUAAACAUUGUAUGUGUUUAUUUUGCUGUCUUUAUAUCCAUUUAGUACUCUUCACUUACAGCACUCGGAUUACGCAUGACAAUAGAGCUGAAUGUGUUGAUGUUUUGUUGUAUUAUUACAGUGAAGCCAUCAAUGUGAAAAAAAGUACUAUAAAAACCAAAAUAUGACCAGAGUGGUCAACAGGUGGACCACGAGCCAAAUCCGACCCGCCAGAUGCUUUUGAAUGGACCCUGAAAUAUUUUUAUUUACUUAUCAUUAUUAUUAUUAUGAUUAUAAUUAUUGUUAAUUUUUUUAUUAUUUUCUCUGGAAUUUGGACCUUGACUAUACUUUAAACAAGAAAUUUGGACCUUGGCAAAAAAUAAUUGACUAACUCUGAAACAGACCAAUGGGGACCCAAUUCAAGAAAAAAGCUCUCCAUCUUCUGCAUUGUGACCAACUUAAGGUCCUGAUUCAGCGAAGCUGUUAAUCACAGGGCUUAAUUUUAAGUUUAUGAAUACAUUCCAUGGAAGUCAACCAGACGUAAGCAAAUGCUUCAGUCCUGCAAAGACAUGUGGUUAACUUUUUGCACUACACAUAGGCCCAUUGACUUCAAUUAUACCAUUCACAGUGGAUAAAAUUAAACAUGUGUGUAAAUUAAGUGUGGAGAUAUUUUUACACCUUUUCCUGGUUUAACACAGGGUCUCUGCCUGGACAUGUUCCUUAGGACUCAAGCCUGCAUCCCUUAUUAAGAGACAAAAUGUCCAUUGAAGUCAGUGGAUGUUUUUAGUGAUAUAAGCAAUGGAAGAGCCUGUCUCUUUCAUGGGAAAAGAUUUCUGACUAUGACCUGGGUACAGUGGCCAUGUGCUGUCCUUGAUGCAUGCAAUAUGUAGAUAAAAGUUCUGAUUGUCAGAGUUUCCUGGACUGAUGCAAUUUCUUAUAACAAAAGAACAUUUUUUAAAAUAAUAUAACACAGUUAGCAGGUACUUAAGAACUCGGAUUACUUAAAAGAUUGUUUAUUUCAAAUGAGUAUAGAUCACUGAGUAGAGGGGUUUGAUUUAUGCCAUAAAUCAACACGGGCAUGAAAAAAAAUAUCAUUUUCCUAUUACAGUAUUUGAAGUGUAUAGCAGGAAAAUUAUAUUCCUUAAAUA